GAAAAGCUUGAGAAGGUGUUUACCAGUGUGACCCUUCUAAACAUAACAGCUUUUUAAUCGUCAUAAAAUAGAGGUAAUGCCAAAGUAAUAAAUAACAGGCCAACAUCCACAAUUGUAAAUAAGCUGAUAAAUAUGAAUUAAAAAAAUAAACUGGUAAGUUGAGAAGAAAAUAAAGUAAAUACAGUUCUCGGUAUUCGUGGAGGGAAGUGGAGACGGUGAACAACAACAACACACAACAUGGCUGGACCCAAGAGUGUUCUCGUCAUCCAGAGUGAUUGGCAUGACUCGUUAAGAGACAAUGAUAGUUCAGCCUGGAUUCUACACAAGCCUCUCGGGCAAAAAGCAGUAUAUGGCAAGGUCGGUGGAUUGUCAACUGAUGCAGUAUUCACCGUACACUCUCGCACUGAACGGACCAUUUCUGUCACACACCAGCCAUCUGGACUCUCCACAGUUUUUAUAGCACCAAUAGCAACAUUCAACAAUAUUCAUUCUAAAAGUGUACUGUGUCUUGAUGUUGCUAAUGGAGGACUGGGGGUGUCAGUCUCUACAGAAAACAAGCUGCAUGUUUGGGAAACUAAAUCAGGACUUGUCAGAAGAGUCCUAGAAGGUCAUCUUUUUGAUGUGUAUACAUGUAGUCUGUUUCCCUCUGGCCUCGUGGUGCUCUCUGGUGGUGGAGACAUGCAGCUCCGCAUUUGGGAUGCAGUCACAGGAGCAUGUCCUGUGGUGCUUAAAGGACACACAGGGGCUGUCCUAGACACAGCUAUUGUGGAUCGUGGCAAAAACAUCAUCUCUGUUAGCAAAGAUGGAACAGCUAAACUUUGGAACUGUGCUCAGGCCAAGUGUAUUGCCACUCUCCUGAAGGCUGAGUCCAUCAUAAAUUGCUGUGCCAUUAGUGAUGUGACCGGGGUGAUCAACCUACCAACACCUGCAGAAGUUCCAGAUGAGCUUGAGCAUUGUUCUGCUGGGAAGGUGCUACUUGUGGGCUGUGAAGAGGCCACCGUUUACCUUGUAGCAGUGGAAAGCCGCUCCCUCAUGGGCUCAUUCUCAGUUGGUGCAACAGUCCUGUCUGUGUGUUGGGCCACCUCUACACAAGGAGUUGCGGGACUCAGUGAUGGUCGACUGGUGGUCAUUGAUGCAGUGAGCCUUACAACUCGUCCAUUGGCCCACCACAGCACCUCCCCAGUUGAGAGUUUGACGCCUCACUGUGGGGGAAUUCUGGCAGGAAGGCGGGAUGGGAUUUGUCAGUUCUAUAGCCUGGAUGGUUCUAGCACCUACCAGCUGACUGGCUCAGAUUGUGAUCCCAUAUACAAAAUUGGAACUGAUAAUAAUUAUAUAUACACAGCCUGCAGAGAUGGAAUGAUCAGAAAAUAUAGGAGCAGAGAUAUAAAUGUGUGAAUAAAGGAGAUGAAUAUUGGAGUAAAUAUUGUUGCAUUAUUUAGAAGAGCAGAUUUUAUUAUCCGAGGUUCAACUGAAUAUUGGAAUAAAGUGUUGAAAGGGAAGAAGAUCGGAAGAGCAAAGAUGUUAGUGCUUCUAUAUGAGAGCAAAAGUACUGUAUAAAUGGUUUCAUAUGAGAUGUCAUAUUUUGGAGAGAUCUGAUUGUAAUUUAAUAAACAAUUAUUUAUUUUAAUUUUUUUAAUGGUAAAUUUGAGUAAAAUUGACAAAAGUUUAAACAAGAUUCAUAAUUUCAUUUGAAGUGUUGAAGUGUUUGGGAGUAAGACGUUAGAUGGGUAGUCUUGAAAUAGUGAGAAGUACCAUAGUUUUUAUUUACCUACUAAUAUUGGUAAUAAAAGCAAACCCAAGUA